AUUUGCUCAAUUGCUUUGGGGAUGAUCAUUGAAAUUGUGGUGAUGUAUCCAAUUCAGCACCGCAAGUACAGGAGCGGAAUCAACAACCUCUUGGUUCUUCUGAUUGGAGGGAUUCCCAUUGCCAUGCCUACAGUGUUGUCAGUAACAAUGGCAAUUGGUUCCCACAGGCUCUCUGAGCAAGGUGCUAUCACCAAGAGGAUGACAGCCAUUGAGGAUAUGGCUGGGAUGGAUGUUCUGUGCAGUGACAAGACUGGCACUCUAACACUUAACAAGCUUACAGUGGACAAGUCUUUGAUUGAGAUUUUCUCAAGAGAUGCUGACAAGGAUACAGUAAUUUUGCUUGGGGCUAGGGCCUCCAGAGUUGAAAACCAGGAUGCUAUUGAUACUUGCAUAGUUGGAAUGUUGGGCGAUCCAAAAGAGGCUAGAGAUGGCAUUACAGAGGUGCAUUUUCUGCCAUUUAACCCGGUGGACAAACGCACAGCCAUAACAUACAUAGACAGUGAAGGUAAGUGGUACCGAGUAAGCAAAGGUGCACCAGAACAGAUUAUCGAGCUCUGCAACCUUCGGGAAGAAGUGAAGAAGAAGGCUUUAUCCAUCAUUGGUAAAUUUGCUGACCGCGGUCUUCGUUCGCUUGCUGUGGCGAAACAAGAGGUGCCAGAAAAGACAAAGGAGAGUGCUGGAGGACCAUGGCAGUUCGUGGGUCUGUUGCCACUCUUUGACCCACCAAGGCAUGACAGUGCUGAGACUAUAAGGCGCGCUCUCCAUCUAGGAGUUAACGUUAAGAUGAUUACAGGUGAUCAGCUAGCCAUCGGCAAGGAAACUGGUCGCAGACUUGGCAUGGGAAGCAACAUGUAUCCUUCUUCAUCCCUCCUCGGUCAGCAUAAGGAUGAGUCCAUUGCUGCACUUCCCAUUGAUGAACUUAUUGAGAAAGCUGAUGGCUUUGCCGGUGUCUUCCCUGAGCACAAGUACGAGAUAGUUAAGAGACUCCAGGAAAGGAAACACAUUUGUGGGAUGACAGGAGAUGGUGUGAACGAUGCACCUGCACUCAAAAGAGCUGAUAUUGGGAUCGCUGUUGCCGAUGCAACUGACGCAGCUCGAAGUGCAUCCGACAUAGUUCUCACCGAGCCUGGCUUGAGUGUGAUCGUGAGUGCUGUGUUGACAAGCAGAGCCAUCUUCCAAAGGAUGAAGAAUUACACCAUAUAUGCUGUUUCUAUUACCAUCCGAGUGGUGUUAGGGUUUAUGCUGCUUGCUCUGAUCUGGAAGUUUGACUUCUCACCCUUCAUGGUUUUGAUCAUUGCCAUUCUGAAUGAUGGUACCAUCAUGACCAUUUCCAAAGACAGGGUGAAGCCAUCUCCAGUGCCAGAUUCCUGGAAGUUGAGAGAGAUUUUCUUUACCGGCGUUGUUCUCGGUGCCUACCUAGCUAUCAUGACCGUUGUCUUCUUCUGGGCUGCUUAUGCAUCUAACUUUUUCUCGGACAAAUUCGGAGUGAGAUCCAUCAGGGAAAGCCACGGCGAGCUCACGGCAGCUGUUUAUCUUCAAGUGAGCAUUGUAAGUCAAGCACUCAUUUUUGUGACACGCUCCAGGAGCUGGUCUUACGUUGAACGCCCUGGUCUGCUUCUUGUCGUUGCUUUUUUUAUAGCACAGCUCAUAGCCACAAUCAUAGCUGUGUAUGCAAACUGGGAAUUUGCAAAGAUUAAAGGCAUUGGAUGUGGUUGGGCUGGUGUGAUUUGGCUCUACAGCAUCGUUUUCUAUAUUCCCAUGGAUAUUCUGAAGUUCAUCAUCCGAUAUGCAUUAACUGGAAAGGCUUGGAACAAUAUCACUGAGAAUAGGGUUGCUUUCAACUCAAAGAACGAUUAUGGAAAGGGAGAAAGAGAAGCACAGUGGGCUGCAGCUCAACGCACAUUGCAUGGAUUGAAUCCACCUCAAACUGUUGAUGACAUUUUGAAUGAGAGAAACGACUAUAGGGAGCUGUCUGAACUUGCAGAACAGGCCAGGAAACGUGCAGAAGUUUCCAGGCUAAGGGAGGUUCACACUCUAAAGGGUCAUGUUGAGUCUGUCGUGAAGCUCAAAGGACUUGACAUUGAUACGAUCCAGCAGAACUACACACUUUGAAGUGGGACAUUAACACUCUACGUAUUCUAAACAUGAUAAACUUUAAUUCAUGAUUCUCAU